AGUUAAACAAACAAACCGCCCGUUAACUCUCUUUUUCCUUUUUCCCCCCACUUUUCUCUCUCUCUCUCUUUCUUUCUUACACAUACAUACAUACCAACUACUCCUCUUCCUCCUUAUAAAUCUCACACUCUAUACAAUUCCAUUUCUUCACACACACAAAAAUAAAACUCUAAUAAUGUCUUCAUUUUAUUUCUCUCUUCUUUUCCUUGCUUUGCUUUUUCACUCCGUUUCUCUAUCUUUCUCAUCAUCUGUAAAGUCUAACGAUGGCGAUGUUGUUUUCUUAUCUUCUUCUCCUAAAUUUCCGAUUACAAUGGCGGAGAAGCUAAUCAGACAGCUUAAUUUAUUCCCCAAACAUGAAAUUAACAAGGCGAUAGGGGAUUAUGGAGCGGUUACUGAUCAGAGUUUAUUUGAGAAGAAACUGAAUUUGUCUUAUAUUGGUGAUUCUGGAGCUACUGUUCAAGAUUUGGGUCAUCAUGCUGGUUAUUAUCGUCUUCCACAUACUAAAGAUGCAAGGAUGUUUUAUUUUUUCUUUGAAUCGAGGAGCAGGAAGAAUGAUCCAGUAGUUAUAUGGCUAACAGGAGGGCCAGGAUGUAGCAGUGAAUUGGCUGUGUUUUAUGAAAAUGGACCUUUCAAAAUUGCAGACAACAUGUCUCUUGUCUGGAAUGAUUUUGGCUGGGACAAGGGCUCAAAUCUGAUAUACGUUGAUCAACCAACUGGAACUGGAUUUAGUUAUAGCUCAAGUGAAGAUGACAUUCGUCACGAUGAAAGGGGCGUAAGCAACGACCUCUAUGAUUUCUUGCAGGUCUUCUUCAAGGCACAUCCUCAGUAUGCAAAAAAUGAUUUCUAUAUUACUGGAGAAUCAUAUGCUGGUCAUUACAUUCCUGCAUUUGCUUCUCGGGUUCACCAAGGAAACAAAAACAAAGAAGGAAUCUACGUAAAUCUCAAGGGAUUUGCCAUUGGUAAUGGGCUGACUGAUCCAGAAAUUCAGUACAAAGCCUACACUGACUAUGCUCUGGAUAUGAAAUUGAUCAAAAAAUCUGAUUACAAUGUCAUAGAGAAGACAUAUCCAAAAUGUCAACAGGCAAUUCAGCUUUGUGGAAAAAGUGGAGGAGUUGAUUGUAUGGCUGCAUAUCUUGUUUGUACAAGCAUCUUCAACAAGAUAAUGAACAUUGCUGGUGACAAAAAUUACUAUGAUGUGCGGAAGACAUGUGAGGGUGAUCUGUGCUAUGAUUUCUCCAAAAUGGAAACUUUCCUGAAUGAUCAAAAAGUUAGACAAGCCCUUGGUGUUGGGAAUAUUGAAUUUGUAUCAUGCAGUUCUGAAGUUUACCAGGCAAUGCAAUUGGACUGGAUGAAGAAUCUUGAAGUGGGCAUUCCUUCACUUCUUGAAGAUGGUAUCAAGCUACUAGUAUAUGCAGGGGAAUAUGACCUUAUCUGCAAUUGGCUUGGAAAUUCAAGAUGGGUACAUGCAAUGAAAUGGUCAGGGCAAAAUGCCUUUGGAAAAGCCUCAUCAGUUUCAUUUGCAGUAGAUGGUGUAGAAAAAGGAGUUCAAAAGAGCCAUGGGCCUUUAACUUUCCUCAAGGUCCAUGAUGCAGGCCACAUGGUUCCAAUGGAUCAGCCCAAGGCUGCACUUGAAAUGCUUCAAAGGUGGAUGCAAAAUAAAUUGUCUAAAGAAGGUCAUCUUGCUCCUAUGUAGAACAACUUAAUCCAAACAUAAGAGCCACAAGCAUUACUGAGACAGAAUUAUAGAAAAAGAAAAUUUUCAAUUUCAUAUAUGUUUCUUGAAAUUAUAUUAACCAUGUAAAUGAUUUACAAUCCAUCAAUGAAAUGAUUUUUCUUUGAGGAAAAUAAUGCUCUCAAAAAAACUAUUCAAUGAGAUACCAUCUUCAAGGUAUGUUUCAUGUAACUCUCAUUAUAAGUGAUAUGGUGAAAAAAGAUAUGAUUCAAUGCGAUAGACCUUCCCUACAUUACCAUUUAAAA